AUGAUAAAAAAAUCAUUUAUACCUGUUAUUUCACAAAAAAAAAAAGAAGAGGAAAACCCCGGAUCAGUUGAAUUUCAAGUAUUCAAUUUCACUAAUAAGAUACGAAGACUUACUUCACAUUUUGAAUUACACCCAAAAGACUAUUUAUCUCAACGAGGUUUACGUAUAAUUCUGGGAAAACGGCAACGACUACUGUCUUAUUUGUCAAAGAAAAAUAAAAUACGUUAUAAAAACUUAAUAAAUCAGUUGGGUAUUCGUGAUUCACAAAUUCGUUAA